AUGUCGAGUCUAGGGUGCCAAACCAAACCCCCAUCCUUCUUCACAUAUCACGCAACCCUUUUGUCGCAAAACCUAUCGCCUCCUGCCCUUAAACCAGUCGAAAGUAAGGUCAUGGUGCACAUCAACUCAGUCAGGCACACUAGCGUCCAUAAAUCUUCCAGAAGAAGAGUACAGCACCAACUCGAGGAACCUACAGAGUCCAGCAUAUUACUAUCGUCCAAUGAACAGUCUGGCACGGCAGGGGUGUUCAAGCCCGAUGAUAUAAAGAUUCGAGAUAGGCCAAGGCGAACCCUUGUUCUACUGUUCGCUAUUGUCUUCUUGCAAGUCUGCGGCGAGCAACUGAUUGAAGCCCCCAGAACCCGUAUCGUGGAGUCUAUAUUCUGCUAUAGGUUCUACGAAAAGUAUGACCCCAGCAAGAUUCUCCAUGGGAGAGACACGGUUGCCGCAGGUGCCGUGAAUGGUGUUGAUGAGUCCUGGUGCAAAGUCGACGCCAUUCAGUCAGACAUGGCGAAUUUGGCUUCAUAUCAACAAAUAUUCGAUAGCCUUAUGAGCCUUCUUCUUGCCCUCCCCUUUGGAAUGGCAGCCGAUAAGUUUGGACGGAAACCUUUCUUAAUAUCAGGCUUUGUCUCGUCUCUUGCACGAUGGGUCUGGUACGAGUACGUGUGCUGGUUCUGGCAACAACAAAGCAUUUAUUGGACCCUACUAUCAUCUUUGAACGGUCUUUUCGCUGGAAGUACUACGGUCCUCUACAACCUCAUAUUUGUGGUUGUAUCAGAUGUGACGCCGCAAGAAGAACAGACAAACGCGUUCUUCCGCCUCGGAGCAGCGUCUCUAUUCCCAUUGUUACUAAUCCCACCGCUGUCCGCAUGGUCUAUGCGAGUUAGCCCUUGGCUCCCUAGUUCCGCAGGUCUUUUAUUUCUUCUGGUCGCUCUAUUUCUGGCCAUGUUCGUUCCAGAGACGUUGAAAAAUCAAGAGCAUGACCCUCACGAGGCACAAGACAUAAUAAACACGUCUCCGGCGUGCAACGAGUGUCUGAUGGAAACAGGGACUGAAUAUCCUCAAACCCAGCCUUGCACACCCAACAGAGAACAAAUUACCGACGACUCAAGUGUCUAUGAAGAUUCGUGGCUGCAACAGACCAAGAACUUCGUGUUCAAGUACUGGACCUUAAUGAUCAUUCUGUUGCCGUACACCGAGCAUUUAUUGAUCUCAGGAACCUCCCAGCUGCAGGUGCAAUUUUUGAGCCGCCGCCUCGGUUUCACAAUCUCACAGGCAACACUUUUCUUUUCUCUCCGAGCUGGUUGUAGCAUUCUGCUAUUCCUUGUGGUAUUACCACGCCUGUCAACGUAUAUGACGCGAGAACAAAGAUGGAGCACGCAAGUUAAGGAUCUAUACCUUGCUCGAGUCUCCAUCUUCCUGCAAGCUGCAGGCUGGACUGGAACGGGAAUGGCAACGAACACUUUGUUUGUAGCUGUUAGCAUGACGGUGAGUACUCUAGGUAGUGGCACUGCUCUUUUUCUGCGGAGCCUCGCAGCGUCCCUUGUUCCGAGCAGCCGCCUAGCAACAUUGUUUAGUGUCAUCAGCGUUAUAGACAUUGUUGGAUCGAUGCUUGGAGCUCCAAUACUGGCUGCAGCAUUUGGGUGGGGUAUGAGACAUGGUACUUUUUGGGUGGGAAUGCCCUUUGAUUUGAUAGGGCUAUGGUCUGUGAUAUGUGGCGGACUACUUUUUACCGUCAAAACACACUGAACCAACAACCUACGCACCAGAUUCUUAGCAGGAAAUCAGCAUUCAAACAUUAUGGCGUUGAGCCGACAGCUUUCCAGGUCCGACUUAUGCGCAACUGAGACUCGAGAACCGCAUUACUAUUCAUUCCAACUUUUAGUAUCAUACACACCUGGGUACCGGUAGCACUAAUAUGCACGCUGCAACUUAGGUUCGUGCCGGGGCCAUUUUCCCCACUUGCGUCAAAUACAUUGCAGAUUUGAAAUGUGACCAACAGGGGUUUCAAUACUAAUACGCCGGCAUCUAGUUGGAAUAGGCUUACGAAAUGGAGGGUUUCUAGGUAUGUGGUUUCUCCAAUCAUGGUCAAGGUAUCAAAUCGUGUCCAGUCGAUUAGUAGCUCUUAGCAGACACUACGACUUGCUAGUCGCUCAAUCUACUGGAUUAAGUAUGCCGGCUUGGUCCUCGCAACGCCAUGGCCUUCUUAAGGCG